AUAUCUGGACUUAAAUCAUGUUGAACUUGGAGAAGUAUACUAUUGAAUCAGGAAGGAAUGCCUUCGACGGUAUCAUGUCAGCUCAUAGUAUACAUAUCACUCUACUACAUAAGUCUCUUGCGGUCUAGAACAAAGAGGGGAGAUGCGAGGCGCGUCAGCGUUGACCGUGAUAUCGACUCGGGAUCAAAUUGGUUGUCGGGUCGGCGAUGCUUCGGCGAUGCUUCGGUAUCUGUAUAGCACCAACAACAAACAGUACAUAUCUCCCAAGUCAUAUGUUUGAUUUGGUUGAUGGGAUGAGUUGAUAUCUAAAACAAUCUUCUAAGAU